AAUUGGAACAGUGUUUUUAGUUGGUGAUCAAUCCGUUGGAUGCCGCUGGUAUCGCUGUUGUUUGGAGUGUUUGGACCGUUAAAUACUUUUAUUUUUUGUUUAUGUGUGGUUAAAUUUGAGUGAUUACAGCGCUUGUUUAUUGCAGCAUAAACCAUGUCUCGGUACCGCAAAUGCGCAGUUAGAGGCUGUCAGGACAGUGUUUCAGUACGACUAUAUGCUAUAGACAAUGCUGCUGGAAGCUUAAGGGCGAUGCCAAAAUUGACAGAAUGCCAUGUCAAUAGAAAUUGUAUAAAGAAGAUGAAGGUUUCAUAUGCUACCCAAGUAUUCAGUCACACUGUGGCAUCUGUGAUGACUCUAAUGGCACGUGCAGGAAUAGUGGGCAUACAAGGUGAAAAAUUAUCCGAAACUGCACAAGGAACAGCAAAAGUUCUCAAGUUUUUUGAUGAUCUCAUGGAUAGUGUCAAUGGGUACAGCCUAUAUCCAUCCAGUGGGAAACCCCUGAGGUCUGCUGUAUCUCGAUGCACAGAUCACUUUGAAUUCUGGGUUGAAGCUCGUCAAACAUUAAGAAAGAUGUAUUACCAAGCAGAGGGUACCGAAGAACGAUUGAGGCCACCAUCAUUGGUCAACUGGACAGUCACCAUAAAUGGCAUUAUAGACAUAUUUGAGAUGUUGGAACAAGGCAACGUGAAUCACUUGAAGUGUAGGCGACUGAACCAAGACCCAAUUGAAAAUUUCUUUGGCCAGAUCAGACAGCAGGGUUUACGAGACACCAAUCCGACUUGUAGUCAUUUUAAAAAUCAUUUCAAAACAUUACUGAUAAACAACUUUUCUAGCCGCCUCUCUAUGUCAGCUAAUUGUGAAAGUGAAAAUUCCAAAAAUAUCAUAGUGGCAGUGAAAAAGUUCAUCACUGUAGAUGUGGUAGUGCCUUCAAGAACAGAUUUUUGUUCAUUUCCAUCAGAAAUACCAAACUUUGCACUGCAGUACAUAAGUAAAGUUAGUUUAGGAUAUGUAAGUGGUUUCAUCACCAAAUAUGUAAAAAAAGAUAUUUCUUCAUGUGAAGUUUGUAUAAGAGAUAUAUUUUCAGAAAAUCCUGUGGAUGAGUGGCAUGCUCUUAUAGCUGAAAAAGAAUACUUGAAAACCAUGCCUGCAAAAUUAAAAUAUUGUCAUUUGAGAAUAAUACAAAAAUUUGCUGAAUUAUACAAUAUUACUAUGCAUAUGGUGCCACAGUUAGCAUAUAAGGCAAAUUCAGUUGGACUGUUGGUAAAUUUCAUAAAAUCAAAGAUCAGUUUACCACUCAGCUGCCCUAACCAUAAAGAGUCAUUAAAUUCCAAAUUGAUAGAAAAGUUCACAUUUUUUCUGGGCCAUAACUGGACAGUAGGCAUAAAUAGAGCGCUGAGUGGUAGAGAUCUACGGCCACUGAAUAAUGAUCCGGUCAUUAAACAGGCCAAAGAAAUCUACCUUAAGAAUAGGAGGUACAGAAAGUAGAUUAUAAUGGACAACCAGUAUAUUUAAGUGCCAUAUAAUUUUUAUAUUGUUACAUUUAGAUGUAGGAUAUAGAUAUUUGAUAGGAGGUUCGAAACGUAGUAACAUCGCUCCUUAAAUCGUAGGUUUUCCUGCAGUUUAUAGUGAAAAGAAAAUUGUGAAAUCUGUCAGGAGUCGAGUGUUUAGUGCACUCUUCAUCUCGAAUGUAAGAUCUCCACUAUUGCAUGUCAAAUAUUUGAGUAAUUGCACAUAUCCUUAUACUCCUCAGCAUCAUAUAAAUUGAACUUAGGUCUAGUUAACAUUGAAGAGUACUGUAAAAGACAUUGUCUGAAGAUCAAUGCUUCAAAAUGUUCUACCAUGCUAUUUGGCCCAAAACUGUUAGUACAAUGGUUAGAUGGCCGAAUUGUUCCUAGUCUUAACGACACCCAUACUCCUAUAGUAGACCAUGCGAAGAAUUUAGGGAUGAUCAUGGAUUUGAGGUUUAACAUGUUACGCAUUUAUCUCGCUUAACAUACAUGCGUUUGAAGAUAUACAACAAUCGCCAUAUUCUGAAUUUCAAGACUCGCAAAAAA